UGGUGUGAUGAGGCUGGAGCCUGGGCGGCUAUGAGAGUCAAAAACAAGGCUAACCGAGGGAAGGAGGGAGUACAUGCUCAGGGAAACCGAAACCACUAUCUCCACAAGGCAGUUAAUGAGGAGAAACUGAAGCGCCCGCUCUCACACAUGCAGGCGUGGGAGAUCGCCCAUACGCGGAAGGACCCCAAGCCUGGCGAGCCCAAGUACUACGGCAAGAAGACCGCGGGGAGGAAGAAGGCCUACUCCGAAGGGUAUCUGGCGUUACAUCCUGACACACCUGACCCCAUUGCGGCGGAUCUGGAUGAAAGGGUGGUGGUGGGCAUGGGGCCGAAGGAGCACGGUCGGGAGGCGGUUCUCGAUGCUGUGAUCACUCCGUCUAUCUCCUACACACAGCUCCGUCGGAUCGACCCGACCCUGAGCCAGCGCACGAUGCUCGGGCACCGGGCCGGCUGCCCGGGCACGCCCGGUGCCCGAGCACUGAAAAGUUCACAGCAACUGUCCAUUUUCUUCAUAUAA